UUUUUCUGGCUCCUUCCACUCAGAGUCUCUUAAACUGUGAAGGGGCCCAGGAGUUAGUCCCAGGACAGGUGGAAGGGUUGAGAAUCGCGAACGACGACCCCCAGGCCCUGCUGACUCUGGUCCUAAGGAACCUCGCGGUCUCACCCUUCCUCUCCGGCUGACUAGAGGCUUUUCACAGCGAGCCUUGUUGCUUUUGGGUAAUAGCACCGGACCUAAUACUAUUCAUUUGCCAGUUUUCUGUGUUAAAGUCGGCGGCAUAUGAGGUCAGUCACGAGUAGUUCUGUGACCCAAUUUAGCAGGGCUGGGCACACAUAUGCAGUUUUCUGUACGAUGAGCGACCUCUCCUGGCUCCAGGCUGCAGACACAGGGUUCUCAUGAAAAAAACCCUCCUGAAUUUUCCUGGCGAACUCUUAUCCUUUAAUACGUAUGCAGGUGACUUCUCAUCACUUAUUGCCAUAAUGCACUUUAAAGUUAGAGGCAGAGAUGGAGAUUAAAGAGUGCGCUUGUCUUUAUGUAUGGAAGAGUUGAAUCAUUAUGUUGUACCCCGGAAACUAAUAAUAACAAUGUAUGUUAACUAACUGGAAGCAAAAUAAAUACUUCUAAAAAAAGUUAGAAACAGAUAUUGGGAGCUGGUAGAGUAGAAGUGGAAUCUCUGAUUACAAAUUGUCAUUGAUUUUUUUUUUAAUUUUUAAAAGACUGGUACCCCUCUCUCAGCCAAAGACACAGAUACGGUCGUGUGCACACACAAACUGCUAUUUUAAGGCAGUGUUUUGGGUUUUUCUUUGUACUCACAGCACCUUAUCCUUUUCCUGAUACUUAGGUGUUUACUGGAUAAGCAAGGCAUAGCCUGUCCACGUGGAGAGUAACCAGGAAAUGCUCCAAUUGAAACCCAGUUCCAAAUGAUUUCAUUGCUGGGUCUGUACGCUUUGGAUCCUCAUGCCAAUGUCAGGGUCCAGACCAUGGUUGGAACAAUGAAGAGUGAGGACCAGAAAAUUCCUGAAAUAAAUGAGCAAAUAAAAGAAAAAAAGAUGUCACUGAUGUCUGAGCUACACCCUCUUCCUCACCUGGAUCUAGAGAAAUGACUGCCCUAACAGAAGAGUGAAUGGGCUAGUGAAACAAGCCACUUUAAACUUUUAUUGAGCAUCAACUUUUUGCAGCUCUUGUACUGGAUGCUGGGAUUACAGCUAUUGGCCAUAUAGUGUCUGCUCUUCAGGAGCUCAAGAUCAAGUCAGUUGUGCUCUGGAGCUUUGGUGAAAAUGAACUAGUUAAUGGGGGAGAUCCUUUUCAUUUGUAACUUGCAACUGUCCAUGACCAUGACUGACUCUCAAAGGCCCAGACAAAAGGGCACCUUAGGGUUGCUGGGGGAGAGGGCUUGUGUUCACCAAGGGAAGGCUGGAUGGAGAGCAUUUGAAGACCUAUCAGCCUGUCACCUGUGCAGAGAAGGUGUCCUUUCCAGCCUCACUAAGGGUGCCUUGUUUGCUGUGAAAAACAGACAUGUGUAUGCAGGCGAGGCUCUAUUUUGGAGACAUUGCAAGGCUAUAACUGCAGACUGCAAUCCUCUGCCUGAAUCCAAGACAGACCAGGACAAGCUCAACGUGGAAAGAGGAGCCUUCUUUGUCUUCACUCUCAGAGAGAGAACGAGAUACAGUUCUGGAGCCAUGGACUUUAUACCAAAGUGCCUCAUAUGGGAAAGGAGAAAGAAAAAUCUCAAGAGCCAACAAGGUGACCAGUCAGACCUUCGUUCCACUAUGUCACUGUUCAACCAAACUAUUCAUAACCAUCAGACCUUUACCCUGACUGGGAUUCCAGGAAUGCCAGAGAAAGACUUCUGGAUGGCCUUGCCCCUCUGCCUUCUUUACAGUACCACAUUCCUAGGUAAUUUCAUUAUCCUUGUUGUCAUAAAGGUUGAGCGAAGUCUCCAUGAACCCAUGUAUUAUUUUCUGGCUAUGCUAGCUGCCACUGACCUUAGCCUUUCAUUAUCUUCCAUGCCCACCAUGAUAAGUGUUCACUUGUUUGACUGGCGCUCAGUAACCCUUGAUGUCUGCAUCACUCAGAUGUUCUUUAUCCACAACUUUGGAGGAGUGGAAUCAGGUGUUCUGGUCGCCAUGGCCUUUGAUCGCUUUGUGGCUAUUCGCUUCCCUUUGCGCUAUGCUACCAUUCUCACUCAUGGAGUCAUCAUCAAAAUUGGAGCAGCAGUCCUGCUACGGAGUGUGAGUGUAGUGCUCCCUGUGCCUUUCCUCAUCAAAAGGCUACCUUUCUGCCGCUCCAAUGUCCUUUCCCACGCAUACUGCCUCCAUCAGGAUGCCAUGAGGCUUGCCUGUGCUGACACCCGUGUCAAUAGCAUCUAUGGUCUGCUGGCUGUGAUCUUCACCAUUGUACUAGAUGCCUUGAUCCUUUUGAUUUCUUACUUUCUAAUCCUCCAGGAAGUACUGGGCAUUGCUUCCAGAGAAGAGAGACUUAAGGCUCUUAAUACCUGCUUCUCUCAUAUCUGUGCAGUACUGCUCUUCUAUGUGCCUCUCAUUGGCAUGACUCUGAUUCACCGCUUUGGGAAGCAUUUGUCACCAAUAAUACACACACUUAUGGCCAAUAUCUACCUGCUGCUCCCUCCUCUGCUCAAUCCUGUUGUGUACAGUGUUAGGACCAAGCAGAUCCGGCAGCGGAUUGUCCGAGCAUUCUGUGGGAACAGGAUUGGCCAUUAAUGGCAUCUAUGAGUUCUGUGCAAAUGCAGUCAAGUCAGGGAAGGGUAUCCAAUGCGGUACUGUCCAAUAGAAUUUCCUGCAGUGAUGGAAAUCUCUGUUAUUUAAUGCAUAACCACUAGCCACACAUAGCUAUUGAGCAUUUGAAACUUUGAUAGUACAACCAAGGAACUGAAUUUGUUACUUUUAUUUAAUUUUAAUUAAUUGAAAUAUAAAUGCAAAUGGUCACAUGUAGCUAGUAGCUACUGUAUUGAACAGUACAAAUAUAAUGAGUUAUCAUAUGCCCUUGCAUAAUGGUUUUGAUGAAAGCAAUAAUUUAUCUUAAGUAACCUGAUAAAAAUAUGCAUUUUCCUUUCUUAAAAUGGUAUAUAACAGCUUACCAACAUUCUGAAAAGUUUUAUUUCUUUAAGUAAUCUCUAUACCCCAUGUGGGGCUUGAACUCACAACCCUGUGAUCAAGAGUCACAUGCUCUUCUGACUGAGCCAGCCAAUCACUCCACAGCUUAUGAACAUUUAUAUAAAAUAAAUGUAUAAAUAAAUAAUACUAAAUAAAUUUACUAUCGGUUUUAAUAAA